AUGCAGGAGUCUGCAAGUUCACUGGCAAUGGAUGGAUAUUGUAGCAAUGUACCAGCCUUCCUCACCAAGCUGUGGACGUUGGUGGAAGACCCUGACACUAACCAUCUCAUCUGUUGGAGUGUGAAUGGGACCAGUUUCCAUGUUUUUGACCAAGGCAGAUUUGCAAAGGAGGUUUUGCCAAAGUAUUUCAAGCAUAACAACAUGGCCAGUUUUGUGAGACAGCUGAAUAUGUAUGGAUUCCGGAAGGUGGUUAACAUUGAGCAGGGAGGCCUGGUGAAGCCUGAGAGAGAUGAUACAGAGUUUCAGCACUUGUAUUUUCUUCAGGGUCAUGAACAUCUUCUGGAGCACAUCAAGAGAAAGGUGUCUGUGGUGAAAAGUGAAGAAACAAAGCUUCGUCAUGAGGAUGUGAGCCGGCUCCUGUAUGAGGUCCAGACCCUUAGGGGACAACAGGAGAACACAGAAUGUCAAAUGCAGGACAUGAAGCAGCAGAAUGAGGUCCUGUGGCGGGAGGUAGUUUCCCUCAGGCAAAACCAUUCCCAGCAGCAGAAGAUUAUUAAUAAGUUAAUCCAGUUUCUGUUCGGACAACUGCCUCCUGGCCCCACCAGCACUGGAAUAAAGAGAAAGAUCCCACUUAUGUUGGAUGAUGGAAACUCUACUCUUCCACUGUCUAAAUUCAGCCGACACAUGCCUGUGGAUUCCUUACCAGACCCAUAUUACAUCCAGUCGCCAUCUGCAGACUCUACACCCCCUUUGAUCAGCCCUGCUGUCAGUGCUGGACCAAUAAUAUCAGAUGUGACCGAGACUUCACCACCUGCUUUAACAAAUGUGUCACCUACUGUGGACGGGGAAAGAAGUAAGUGCCUCAUGCUCAUUAAAGAAGAGCCAAUCAGUCCAGGAGUGAAGGGUUCAACAGAACCAGAUGUGUCUCUGAAUAAUUGUGCCACUUGCUCAGACCCUCCCGUCCUACCAGUUGCAAUGGUUCAGUCUAUAUUAGAAGGAAAAGAGAGUUGCAACCCACCUCAACCAUCAGGAUCCCAUCAGCUUGAAGGACAAUGUAGGAGGAAUCCACUGGAGAGGAUAGACAUGCCUGACCCCUUGGAUUGUUCUGAUGUUAGUCUGGAGAGUCUACAGCUGUUGCUUAGAAGUCAACAUUAUAACUUGGACACUACAACUGUUAUGGAUGUCUUUAAUACUGGGCUGUGUGUCAGUGAGUGGAGCCUUCCUACCAUGGACAGCACCUUGUUACCGAUGCAGCAACUUUCUGUAGAUUUAGAGAAGAAUGUGAAUGAGGUGCCCCGGAAGGGACUCAAUCCACCAUUCAACCACCCCUGUCCAGAGAUGGUGAAUCUUGCAGGAUCGUCCUCUAUUUUUGGUGCUGAUGAGAGUGUUGUUUCCUAUCUCUCCUCCGGGGUCUUAUCAGGGGAUGGUUCCCUGAACCUGCAUCCUGCAGAAGAGCAGAAUGACUGA